AUGGCCUCUAAAAGGGUUGUGGUUGCAGGUGGAAAUGGAUUCUUAGGAUCAAGAAUUUGCAAAUCGGCAGUUGCUAGAGGGUGGAACGUAACAUCUCUCAGUCGAUCCGGAGAGCCGCGAUGGGAUGCGGUCACCAGCUCGCGCGAGCGGCCAAGCUGGGCAAGCUCUGUAGAAUGGGCUAAGGCGGAUAUGUUGAAACCGGAGACAUACAAAUCUUUCUUAAACGGCGCCAAUGCUGUCGUCCACAGCAUGGGAAUCCUCUUGGAGGCCGACUACAAAGGGGUGGUACAAGGCAGAGAGCCUAUUGUCAGUGGUCUCCAAAGGGCGUUUAGUUCCUCGAAGUUGGGAAGUCAAAAUCCUCUUGGAAGACAUGCAGGGGAACCGUUGGUGCCUAAAGAAAGAGAUGGACAAUUGACUUAUGAGCUCAUGAACAGAGAUUCAGCCAUCGCACUAGCACAGGAAUCCUCUAACGAGCAUGUUCCAACUUUUGUAUACAUUUCCGCUGCUUCCGGAGCCCCGAUCCUUCCAAGCAGAUAUAUCACAACCAAAAGAGAAGCCGAAACAACCAUAUCCUCCUCGCUCCCAGAACUGCGAAGUAUCUUCAUGCGCCCACCUUUCAUGUACGAUUCGAGCAGAAAGUUCACUUUGCCGAUAGCAUUAGGUGGUCUCGUUGGUUCCCAGUUCAACGAGCUUCUGGGCAACAGACUUGGAUUCCUCGGGGCAAUGGUGCAUAAGCCUUUGCAGGUAGAUAUCGUGGGCGAAGCCACGGUUGAGGCAAUGGAAGACGAGUCGACGCUUGGUGCUGUUGAAAUAAAGCAAAUAGAAGCGCUGGCCACCAAAGCAUGGAGAAAGAGCAUGCUCUAA